AUGUUUCAAUAUCAACAGCCAUAUGAUCAAUUACCGCCCACAGCAGCCAUGUUUCAUCCACCUCCAUUGAUGCCGCCCGCCAUAUUCUAUCGAAGACAUAGCCGAAGAACAGGCAAAGUCAAGUUCUUCAACAUGGCCAAAGGCUAUGGCUUUAUUAUUCCAAAUCAAUCACAGUAUCCUCAAGAGCAACCUCAUGAAUUGACAUCCAACAAAAAGGCAUCCUCAUCCUGUUCAUCGCCUGUCAAUGAAUUCAAACCAAAUAGAGUGGAAGAAGUCUUUGUUCAUCAUACUUCAAUUUUAAGUUUGAAUAAGGGUUACUUGGCUACUCUAAAUAAGGGAGAAGAGGUUGAAUAUGAACUACACGAUGGUCCAAAGGGCAUCUAUGCUCUGUAUGUCACUGGUAUUUAUGGGCGCUACUUGGACUGCAACAAGUAUGCUAUUGAUUAUCAAACCAAUACCGCCAAUGCCAUUGCAGCUACUACGACAUCAUCUUCCUCCUCCACGACUAUUACCACCCAGCAACACGAAUCAUCAGAGUAUCGUCACCAUAUCAGUGAAUUAACAAACUCAUUUCCUCCACCACCGCCGUCUCAUCACAAUACUGUUACGGCUCCUGCUUCUCUCCCAGUAGGCACUAAUGGCGCCUAUCCCUUGCCAUCACUCUAUCAUCAUCACCACCAACACCAACACCAACACCAACACCAACACCAACACCAACAACAACAACAUUUCGUCACUUACAUCAUACCUCAUCAUCAUCAUUAUUUAUAA